GGCGUGCUUGGCGUCAGGGGCUGAAGUUGUGUGAUUUGGUCCUUCUUUUUGGACCGUGGGCCGUAUUGCUGCGGGCCGGGAUGUUUCCGGGGAACGUUACUGUGGAAGAGGAGGAUGAAGAGUAUGCGGAGGAUUGUCCUGAAUUGGUCCCCAUUGAGACGAAGCAAAGAGAGGAGGAGGAGGAGAAGAAGCCUGGCCCUGGUGUGAAGAUUCCAGUGACAAUUAUCACGGGGUAUUUAGGUGCUGGGAAGACAACACUUCUGAACUACAUUUUGACAGAGCAGCAUUGCAAGAGAAUAGCAGUUAUUUUAAAUGAAUUUGGAGAAGGAAGUGCAUUAGAGAGAUCCUUAGCUGUCAGCCAAGGUGGAGAGCUCUAUGAAGAGUGGCUGGAACUUGGAAAUGGUUGCCUCUGCUGCUCAGUAAAGGACAGUGGCCUUAGAGCUAUUGAGAAUUUGAUGCAGAAGAAGGGAAAAUUUGAUUACAUACUGUUAGAGACCACUGGGCUAGCAGAUCCUGGUGCUGUGGCCUCCAUGUUUUGGGUUGAUGCUGACUUGGGGAGUGAGAUUUAUCUUGAUGGUAUCAUAACUGUUGUAGAUUCAAAAUAUGGAUUAAAACAUUUAACAGAAGAAAAACCUGAUGGCCUUAUCAAUGAAGCUUCUAGGCAAGUUGCUUUGGCAGAUAUGAUUCUCAUCAACAAAACAGAUUUGAUUUCAGAAGAGGAGUUAAACAAAUUACGAACAGCUAUUAGAUCCAUAAAUGGACUUGGAAAUAUCUUAGAAACACAGAGAUCAAGAGUUGACCUCUCAAAUGUAUUAGAUCUUCAUGCCUUUGAUAGUCUCUCUGGAAUAAGUUUGCAGAAAAAACUUCAGCAUGUCUCAGCAGUACCUCAUCUUGAUCAGAGUAUUCUUACAGUCACCUUUGAAGUACCAGGAAAUGCCAAAGAAGAAAGUCUAAAUGUAUUUAUUCAGAAUCUCCUGUGGGAAAAGAACGUGCGAAACAAGGACGACCGCUGCAUGGAGGUCAUCCGACUGAAGCAGGGACUGGUGUCUCUCAAAGACAAACCACAGCAGGUUAUCCUCCAGGGGGUCCAUGAGCUCUAUGACCUGGAGGAGACGCCCCUGAGCUGGAAAGAGAACAGCGAAAGAACAAAUCGAUUGGUCCUUAUUGGCAGGAAUUUAGAUAAAGAUAUCCUUAAGCAACUGUUUAUCACUACAGUGUUGGAAACAGAAGAGCAGUGGACCUUGGAAGAUCCCUUUCGUCCAUAGCACUGUGGACAUUCUUGUGAACAGGACUGGCUGAUGAAAAGAAAUCAGGAUGUUUCUGGCUGCUGUAUUUUAACCAGCUCUUCUCAUUACUUCUUCACUGAAGUCCAAUGUACUUGAAAUUGUAUUUAUUUAACAGAAUACAUAAAAUUUCAGUAAAUCAAUACUGUAAAAACAUUUGGCACUCAUAUAAUAAAAUACAUUCUCUGAA